GGGCUCUCUCGGUCUUACGUAAUUUCGCGUUUGAAAUUUAAUUAGCGCGACCGUACGAAACGUUCUUCUAAAUAAAUUUGUCUACAUUUAUUUUGCUUUUACUCGCACGGCUUUUUACAUUUUUCCUCGGCAAUUUUACAUUGAACGAAUACGAAUGGCAACUGUAUCGAUAUCGAUACUGUAUCGAUAUUCUUGCAUCUGCCAAUGGCUCAGAACGGAAGAGAACCGAUCGAUGUAACGAAAUCAACAUCGUCAACGAUCGUUCAGUUACGGUUUUCCGAUUUUUCGCACGGAGAAUUGUAGGUCGAUUAACACGAUUAAACGAUCAAUAAGAAGAGAUGGUGACGAUAGAGAUAUUCUUGAUUCGUCUUAUCUCAUGGAAAAGAAGCUAAAGUUGAGUUAAGUGGCGCGGCGUGUGUCGUUUAACCGAUAAAAUUUCUUUCCGAUAUAUUUUGUUAUAUAUAGCUUUGAUAGUCGGAAAGUUGUCGUCGAUCGUCAUCGGGAUGCACCAAACGGUAAAAAGUAAAGGGAACGCGGAUUUGCAGCCGGUGACGAAACAACGAAUAACUGACAAUGAGCAAUCGUUUGUAGAAGAAAGGUAUGUCGUGCAAAGUAUUAAAGGAAAAAGAAUGCUUAAAAAAGUAAGCUACGAGUUGAUAAAAAAAGGACAGUGACGAACAGAAUUUAUCGGUCGGUUGUUUACAGUGCGAUUAGAACGGCGAGCAAUUCUGCAUACGUUCGAAAAAUGUUCGUAUACGUAUAGUAUAGGUAAAUAAUAUGGCAGGCCGGCAUUUCAUGAAUUCUAAAUAAAGCGAACCAGCAAACUAUGCACCCUCGUGUCCCAUCCUUUCAUCGAACGCGCAACGACCGGAAAACAUCGAUCAGCCGACACAACCAACUUAAUCGUAAUAAUCCGAUGCGAUGGUUCUUCGUGUAACGUGCAUCAAAUUUACAGAUUUAUCGAAUAAUAUCCGGCGCUUUAGUUACGAACGGAUGAUUCUUUCGCUCAUCGUCGAAUCUGCGACCGUCGUAGCAUACGCUAAAUGUUAGUCAGAGAAAUAUAAAUAAGCGAAUAAUAGACGAUUACUAAUCGCAAAGUGUUGAACGCAAAGAACUUGCAAAAGAAUUUGAAAUUGAGACAAAACGAUGCGAAGAUAGCGAUAAAUAACGACAAACAUCUCAGAUUAGAUUAAUAGAGGAGCGUGCGUUAUAGCGAUAGCGGGUACAAUGAUCCAGAAGUAAUUGCUAAAUCGACGAUACUUUUUCAACGUGUCAACGUGUUUUUGCUUCUCCUUCUUCCCCUCUUCCUCUACCUUGCUUCUUUACCUUCUUUGCCUUUUAAACACGCGUAAACGUACAGCUGCUGCGUUUUACGCGUGUUUAAAAGACCAAAGAAACCUAAACAUUGGAACAUAUUAUCCCUUGCUACGGCACUCUUGUCCACUCAUCUAUCGUCCACGAUCUUUGGCGAUUGAGAAAUAGCACUGGUUCGCUUAUAUAACGAGAAGCUGGAAAUAAGACUGUAUGCAGGAUGCGAUUAUUCGAACACGUGCUUCCAACGCGUCAACUAUCCACAAAAAUGACAUGUCAUUUCGUCGCACACAAUAUACGAGCAAUGUUGCAAAGUUAAUCCGUAAAGAAUCGACGUAAAGAAAAGGAAAGAAUGGACGGUCUUUGAGAAUUUUAAACGUUUAUCUACCAUCUAGAUAGCUUGCAUUCCCAAUCGGGAUUUACAUACGUUAUAGACUACAGAGGUUUCUCGCGUUCAUCGAUCACUUUCGUUCAAGGUAAGACGACAGUGCUUCGCUUUCCUUUACAAUUCGAUCCGCGAAAAUGAAUCAGUGCGUGGGUUAAUCGAGAUCUAUAAAGAGAAGCAGAGAGAGAGAGAGAGAGAGAGAGAGAUUUGGGAUCGAUGGAUCAAAAUGUACCAGUCGCUUGUAAAACACAAGUACACAACGACGAAACCAUCAGAGUCUGAGUUACUAUUUCACGGAUAUAAGCACUCUCGUUCCCAUGACACGACAUUUAUCGAGAUUCAUCGGCGGCUCGAGAGGCAAGAUUUUUAGGUCAGACAGAAUUCUCCUUGGAAAAAUCGAGUUCGAAGGCCCUGGCGAUCAUAUAACGCUCGACUGAUGAAAAAGUGAUUCAAAGAAACACCGAUCGUAAAGGGAUAACAAGUGGUCGAUAAAGAAAAGGAUACUUGCAGACCUCGACUGCGUGUAUUGCACCCCGUGCCCCGUGCCCCGUGCCCCGUGCCCCGUGCUUCGUGCUCCUUACGGUGCAACAGUGCAGCGCAGCGCAGUGCAGUGCAGUGCGGUGCGCACGAUGAUGUCUCUCGUAACGGCGGUCAUCAUAUCAAGAUAAAUACCAUAUUUAACACCUUGCUUUUUCCAACGUAUCCAAAUCGAAAUAUCGGAAACAUAUUUGUCGAGGCCAACAACUGCAAGCAGCCAAUAACGCAACGAUGCGACGAUUCCAUGUUUAAUUAGCAAUAAUUCCCGCACCAUAUGGAACCAUAUGAAACCAUAUGGAACCAUAUGGAACCAUAUGGAACCAUAUGGAAUAUAAAUAUACCAGCGCUCUAAUUAUUUACCGUAAAGUUGAAAUAAUCGCGAUAAACUGCUCUAUUUAUUACCGUGCUAAUGAAAUUUCAAAAUGUUUCCUACGACGCGUUCGAAUAAACGGUAAAAUAUUUAAUAUAAGCGGUAAAAAUUAGUAUGCUGCUAUUACAAUAAUAUACAUUAUUUGCUUUCUUGCUUCUUUAAUUAUGACAAUCUACCUGUAUAAUUAGAUAUAUUUAGUCGGUCACUCGCAUACAGCCGACUGUUUCUCGAUAAUAGAAACGUUCGUUGAAAAAUUGCGCGGUACAAAAACGGUGAAAAAUAUCGCUGCUAUACGAUUUACAUCGCGUCGACGAGCAACGAAUUUUUUCUCCAGCAAGCUCGUUCGUCGUCUCUCGAAUAUCGACUACACAGCUAGCAUGCGAACCUGUUGCACGUUACGCGCCUUCUUAUUAAACGCAACCGUUGACGCUUACAGUCGUCAGGAACAUGGAGCCUUUUGUCGCGAACGCGCAAUAUAAUUGCAGCUUUUACUGGCAAACGCGUGGACAGUACGUAACCCGAUCAUGGUCUCGAAUCUCGCGGAUCAAAGACUCGAUUGUAUCGCGAGUUUCGUUAGACGCAGUUUUAGUCGAGAUAAGGUUCGUCCGUCACAGCGAGCAGUAUCGUAUUCGCGGGACAACUCCGCUAAAGCAGCGAGCCACUGAACAAGACACAGGAUUCGCAGUGGCGAAAUCCAGUAGCGGAACAUCCUUGCACCGAGACAGAGAACUGCCGCCGAUAAAAGUGAUUUACGAUCCUUGAGCUGACGAUCGGCCUGAUACGAGGUUACCGUGAGAAUCCGCGUUCUGCUCGCAUUCUACUCUCCGAACGCGUUGUAAAUCGUUCGUCGAGCGAGGAAUGGGCCAUUGGAUCGGACGUGCUACCUACUAUCACCGGGGCACGCAACAUAAUCGAAAUUGAACGAAAAGGAGGGAAACUUGAACUCGGCUUGUCACGUCCUACGUUCAAUACGUACAACUUAUUAAUAUAUAUACUUAUUAAUAUAUAUCAAAGAUUAAAUUCGUGCGACGCGAUGAUCACUCGAGCGAAACUGUGGUGGAAGGUGGCAUGCUCUGGUCAGAAGAAAACGAUAUUCGCUAGCCUGGCGGCGCAUUCUGGACAAAUAUCCGUGGGGCUUGGUCAAGGAUUCAGCGCGAUUUUAGUGCCGAAACUGUUGACCAGUCACUUGGCGAACGCCGAUCAGACGUCUUGGAUCGCUGCUCUAGGCGUCGUCUCUAAUCCUUUGGGCUCGUUAAUCGCCGGACUAUGCGCCGAGUGGUUCGGAAGAAGAUCGGCUAUCGCGUUGGCCAGUUUGCCUCAUGUCGCUGGAUGGUUGUUGAUAGCGUUGGCGAAAAACUUGCCUCUGUUAUACGUGGGCAGAUUCGUUAGUGGAAUCGGCAUGGGCAUGGCAAACGGCCUAUACCUUUACGUCACCGAGGCCGCCGCACCAAACCAGAGAGCCUGGCUAGGAAGCUGUGGCCCAGUUUUAGUUUCGCUCGGUGUCCUGAUGAUUUACUCGUUGGGAGCGUUCACCACGUGGGAAAAUGCCGCUGCCAUCAGUAUAGCACCUGCCAUACUCUCGCUGGCGCUAACACGUAUGAUCCCGGAAACACCGAGUUGGCUAGUCGCUCGAGGACGAAACGAGGAAGCGAAGGAAUCCUUGUUGUGGCUACGAGGCUCUGGCCUAACCACCGACAAAGAGUACGAGGAACUUUGCGACGCAAACGCGAAAAGAGAAGAGGGAAAAGAGAGUCUGUUGAAAGCUCUUCACAUGCCAAGCGUGUGGAAGCCUUUCCUCGUGCUGUGCGCUUUCUUCGCGCUCCAGCAAAUGUCGGGCAUCUAUAUAAUCCUCUUCUACACGGUCAGCAUCCUCGAGGAUAUCGGUAUCGACCUGAACGAGUAUUCCGCCAGCGUUGGAAUCGGUGUGAUCAGGUUGUUCGCGUCGAUAGCUGGCGCCGGUCUAGCCAACAGCUUUGGCAGAAAAGCGCUAGCUUUCGUCAGUGGCUUAGGAAUGGCGAUCUCUGCCGUAGGCGUUGCUCUCUCCUACAGGUUCAAAUUGUCAUCGGUGGUAUCCUUGGCAUGCAUCGGAGGCCACGUAGGCUUCUCUAUGAUUGGAUUUCUCACUCUGCCAUGGGUCAUGACCUCCGAACUCUAUCCGCUAAGGUUCAGAGGAUCUUUAGGAGGCAUCACUACCAGUAUCGUACAAAUGUUAACGUUCGCAACCAUCAAAAUGUAUCCUAAUCUGCAACCGAUAGUUGGAAUCGAGUACUUCAUGUGGACGUUCGCCGUAGCUUCUAGCUUAGGAGCCGCAUUCGCCCUCACCAUCCUCCCUGAGACCAGAGGUCGAAGCCUCGACGAAAUAGAAAACGGAUUCUCGAAGAAGCUCGCGACAGACCCGCCCGCCGAUGUUCAGCCAAUAGCCACCAUCUCUCUUCGACCUAAUAAUAUCACGCUCGAGAAAUUUGCCUCGAUCCCCGAGGAGAAGCAUCGCAAUAUCACGACAAACGCGUACGCUUUCGACAAUUUCUGCAUCGACUUAACCGCUGACCAUAUGCAAAAGAACAAAAGGCAAACUGCCAAUGAUUGCGAAGCGAACCGUCGUCAUCCCACAUAUAACCGUCCGACCAUCUCGUCCGAGCACGUGUAUUUCUAGCAGCCACCGAACCUUCCUUCUCCAUCCAUUCUCUCUUCCCAGCCACCCGAUAUCCCCCCGAUAGAAAUCUCUCUUCCAUCUACCAUCCUUGCCGUACCUAUUCUUAUUCUUUAAAACUACUUGGUAUCUAUAUCUUUAUGCAAACUCCUCCUUCCAGACAACGAUUUCCCAGCGUUUCCCGCCACUUGCGCACAAAUUACAGCCAAUGGUCGAUAGUUUGCGCAGUUUCCAACUAGAUCCGAACCAAUCGAGAGUAUCGAGAAAACGACGACAAAUUUCACCACCUAGAUACCUUCUACCGACCGAUCGUCGAGUAGAAUAGUCGAAACGAGCAGCCGGCAAUUCGAUAUACGUUCAAAUAUCGCCGAAUCAAUUUGCCGCGCUAUAAGUCCACAUACUUGUAAAUAUAAUUUUCUUCCUGCAAAGUGUAUAUAGUUUUAUUUCCUGUCAAUAAAUGAAUUAUUUUUGCAACGA